AAAGCGGGCCGCGGGAGCUGUCAGGCCCGUGGGCCGGGGUGCCGGAGCGGUGUGGGGCGGGGGCCCGAGCUCGGCCCGCCCCGGGAGCCGGCCCCUUGGAGCCUCCGGCCCUGCAAUGGGACGUGUUCUCCUUUAAGAGUUAAGAAACUUGAAACCUUGUUUGCGCAACAAUCAGCGCCGCGGAGCCGCCAAAGUGUCUAGACUGGCAUAUGAUGGGAGUCAGCCAAUGACUCCGCGGCGCUCCUCCGGGGGCCCUCAGUGUGCGUUUGAGGAGAACAAAAAAGAGAGAGCGAGCGGAGCAGGGGAGCGAUCGAGGGAGCCGAGCCGAGAGAAAGAGCCGCCGGGCGCUGCCUUGCCAGACCUCGCUGGGACCCCGGGGCCACCGGGAGGCACUUCUGUGGAGGGGGGAGGGGGGGGGCGACCUCGGCAGCGUCGGCGCACGAAGCGUCCGAGGGCAGCGUGGGGCGGGCUGCGACCUCUGCCUCGGUGGACUGCAUUUUUAAUUAAGGAUUCCCAGCAGCUCUUUGGGAUUUUUACAGCUUCCACUCAUGUGUUGACACCCGCGUCCAGGAGAAACUCGCUCCAAGUGCAUCUAGCGCCUGGGACCUGAGACGGCGUUGGCCUUUCGUGCAUGCAAAUCCAGGGAUUUAGGUUUUGUUUGGGAUUUCCUUUUCUUUCUUUCCUUUUUUUUUUUUCUUUUUGCAGGGAGUAAGAAGGGAGCUGGGGUUAUCAACAAGCUUGCCUUUCGGAUCCUGCAGGAAAAGCCCAUGUAGUUAAGCGCUUUGGUUUAAAAAAAGGCAGGGUAAAGGGAGGGCUUUCCAAACACAUUUGGGGGUUCGCGCGAGCGCUUUGUGCUCAUGGACCAGUCGCGCAACUUUUGAAGGCUCGCCGGCCCAUGUGGGGUCUUUCUGGCGGUGCGCAGCCUGCAGCCCCCUCAAAGCGCGGGGGCUGGAGUUGUUGAGCAGCCCCGACGCUGCGGUCCAUGUAGCCGCUGGCCGCGCGCGGACUGCGGCUCGGCGUGCGCGUGUUCCCGGCCGUCCCGCCUCGGCGAGCUCCCUCAUGUUGUCGCCCUGCGGCGCCCCUUCGACGACAGGCUGUGCACGGUCUGCACGGCGCUCCGCGGCGGAGCUUCAUGUGGGGCUGCGACCCGCGCAGCCGGCGCCUCGCUGAGGGAACGGACCCCUGGUAACCGGAGACCGCCUCCCCCCCACCCCUGGCGCCAAAGGAUAUCGUAUGUUCAGGUCCAAACGCUCGGGGCUGGUGCGGCGACUUUGGCGAAGUCGUGUGGUCCCCGACCGGGAGGAAGGCGGCAGCGGCGGCGGUGGUGGCGGCGACGAGGAUGGGAGCUUGGGCAGCCGAGCUGAGCCGGCCCCGCGGGCAAGAGAGGGCGGAGGCUGCAGCCGCUCCGAAGUCCGCCCGGUAGCCCCGCGGCGGCCCCGGGACGCAGUGGGACAGCGAGGCGCCCAGGGCGCGGGGAGGCGCCGGCGCGCAGGGGGCCCCCCGAGGCCCAUGUCGGAGCCGGGGGCCGGCGCUGGGGGCUCCCUGCUGGACGUGGCGGAGCCGGGAGGCCCGGGCUGGCUGCCCGAGAGUGACUGUGAGACGGUGACCUGCUGUCUGUUUUCGGAGCGGGACGCCGCCGGCGCGCCCCGGGACGCCAGCGACCCCCUGGCCGGGGCGGCCCUGGAGCCGGCGGGCGGCGGGCGGAGUCGCGAAGCGCGCUCGCGGCUGCUGCUGUUGGAGCAGGAACUCAAAACAGUCACGUACUCGCUGCUGAAGCGGCUCAAGGAGCGCUCGCUGGACACGCUGCUGGAGGCGGUGGAGUCCCGCGGCGGCGUGCCGGGCGGCUGCGUGCUGGUGCCGCGAGCCGACCUCCGCCUGGGCGGCCAGCCCGCGCCGCCGCAGCUGCUGCUCGGCCGCCUCUUCCGCUGGCCCGACCUGCAGCACGCAGUGGAGCUGAAGCCACUGUGCGGCUGCCACAGCUUCGCCGCCGCUGCCGACGGCCCCACCGUGUGCUGCAACCCCUACCACUUCAGCCGGCUCUGCGGGCCAGAAUCUCCGCCACCUCCCUACUCUCGGCUGUCUCCUCGCGACGAGUACAAGCCACUGGAUCUGUCCGAUUCCACAUUGUCUUACACUGAAACAGAGGCUACCAACUCCCUCAUCACUGCUCCGGGUGAAUUCUCAGACGCCAGCAUGUCUCCGGACGCCACCAAGCCGAGCCACUGGUGCAGCGUGGCGUACUGGGAGCACCGGACGCGCGUGGGCCGCCUCUACGCGGUGUACGACCAGGCCGUCAGCAUCUUCUACGACCUACCUCAGGGCAGCGGCUUCUGCCUGGGCCAGCUCAACCUGGAGCAGCGCAGCGAGUCGGUGCGGCGAACGCGCAGCAAGAUCGGCUUCGGCAUCCUGCUCAGCAAGGAGCCCGACGGCGUGUGGGCCUACAACCGCGGCGAGCACCCCAUCUUCGUCAACUCCCCGACGCUGGACGCGCCCGGCGGCCGCGCCCUGGUCGUUCGCAAGGUGCCGCCCGGCUACUCCAUCAAGGUGUUCGACUUCGAGCGCUCGGGCCUGCAGCAUGCGCCCGAGCCCGACGCCGCCGACGGCCCCUACGACCCCAACAGCGUCCGCAUCAGCUUCGCCAAGGGCUGGGGGCCCUGCUACUCCCGGCAGUUCAUCACCUCCUGCCCCUGCUGGCUGGAGAUCCUCCUCAACAACCCCAGAUAGUGGCGGGCCCGGCGGAGGGGCGGGUGGGAGGCCGCGGCCGCCGCCACCUGCCGGCCUCGAGAGGGGCCGAUGCCCAGAGACACAGCCCCCACGGACAAAAUCCCCCAGAUAUCAUCUACCUAGAUUUAAUAUAAAGUUUUAUAUAUUAUAUGGAAAUAUAUAUUAUACUUGUAAUUAUGGAGUCAUUUUUACAAUGUAAUUAUUUAUGUAUGGUGCAAUGUGUGUAUAUGGACAAAACAAGAAAGACGCACUUUGGCUUAUAAUUCUUUCAAUACAGAUAUAUUUUCUUUCUCUUCCUCCUUCCUCUUCUUUACUUUUAUAUAUAUAUAUAUAUAUAUAUAAAGAAAAUGAUACAGCAGAGCUAGGUGGAAAAGCCUGGGUUUGGUGUAUGGUUUUUGAGAUAUUAAUGCCCAGUCAAAAAGCUAAUACCAGUCACUCGAUAAUAAAGUAUUCGCAUUAUA